UGCUUCGCUUGAAGUAUCUUCCUAGCAGAGAACUUUUCUGAAUCAGAAGUACAUGAUCGUACUAGGUCAGAAAAGUUUCUACAACCUAUCGAAGAAAAUGAUUUUCUUGUAGAAUUUCUACGAGCCCGAAUUUUGAUAUUCAAGUGCAAGAUGGCCGUGCCACUAUCUUGGACAAGUUCCGCGUCGGCGCUGCUGUUGCUGGCUGUCCUCUGUUCCAGCGACGAGCUGGCUUCUCCCCAGACAGCGACCACUGGCGCUGUUGCAUCCCCCAUCCCCCCCGAUGAAGACGAGCGCAACUUGAAAUUCCGGGAGAAAUACGAGUACUGCCAGGGCUGGACGCAAAGCAUGGACCAGGCGCUCUCGUUGAAGAUUAUGAGUUUGGAGAAGGAAGUCUACGAGGUCCGGAAGCUGCUGCGCGACUUCGCGGUCAUCGAAAACGCGAAGAACCGCGAGUACAUGCAAACCCUGGAGACCCACGCCAGCUCGAUUGAGUCGGUCCGACAGGGCAUUUUCGACCGGCUGGAGCGGGAGCGCAUCCCGUUUGCGCUGGAGCAGAAGCUCGCGGAACUCACGCCCCGGGACUACUGCCCGGAGAACUCGUAUCUGAUGCGGCUCGGGGACCAGUUUGCCUACUGCACCUCCGCCGUCUGGCACCAGGACGUGAACAUCAAGAAUUACGGGCCGUUGAUGCUGGACUGCGACCAUUCCAGCAGAAUCCCGCAGGACGUCGGGACCUACGUCGUGUUCCGGAGCAGCUUUUACGCGGUCCCGCAGUGCGCGUUGAAGGCGUUGCUGGUGCUGGGGCACAUGGUCACGCUGAAGGGCACGGAGGAGGUGCGGAACAGAAUGGAAACGCAGCUGCGGCUGAACGAGGCGAUGUUCGCAAAAAUCACGGAAAACGCGAACACUGCGGACUCGCUGCGGAACGCAGUGUCGCUGCAAUUGAUGGAAUCUGGAGGGGAAGACGAGAAGAGUUUUGGAAGUAGAGCACAGAACAAAAAACUGCAUCAGCGUCCCCUAAACUGCACCCGGCCGGCACUCGGACAGGAGCCCGUUUUGGAGAAUUUUAGCAGUGUAAAUUCGCUCAUCCAGGCGGGAAAAUUCCGCGAAGCGUUAGAGAACUUCGUUUGGAAUCCAACCCAGUUUAUCCAGCCCAGCGUCUUCGUGGAGGCACAGAAGCGGGUCGUAGGUACAAGAACUGGUGUUACAACAUCUUCAGGGACUGCUGGUGGUCCAUCAGCAGAGGAGAUGAAUGGAAGUGCUGGAGAGCAGGCUGAUGAUACUAGCGAGAAUAAUGAUCCCGGCCGCGAGCGCGACACGGGAACCGGAACAAGAACUCCAGAUUCUGCUUUUAUCUACCUGAUCCCGCGCCUUCUCUACCUACAGCACCUGGGCACGACAAUCGCUCGGAAAUUUUUCCCGGUGGCGUGUCAGGAAUUUUUCCUCGACUCCUGCGACGACCGACCUCGAUCGCCUCUGGGCUACGCGCGGGAGGUGAGAAUACGGGAGAAGGAGAAGUAUUUUCUUGAGGCGGCAAAAAUAUCAAAUCCUGAAGCUGUAAUAGGAGAUAAAGCUCCCCUGCUGCCCUUCCAGCUUCUGACACCCAGCAUUCCCUUCCCGGAGCAAGCAGACUUCGACGUGCGGGGCGAAACGGAUCCCAGCCAGCUCGGCGUGCUGUUUGCGAUCCACGGGGUAGGGUACAGCGUGUUUCCGAGCCGGGAAGCUUUCGAGCGGGUGUUUCUGGACUUCUGGACGCAGGUCGAUUACGUCGGGUGGUGUCACGGGGAUGGGUAGAUCGUGCGGGGAAUUGAGUGGUCGGCACGACGAGUAGGGCACGACCGGGGGUUUGUUGGAUGAACCUUGGCGGAGCUACGUCCGGUUUCUUUUGGCAAUAUGGUCUCCUCGAACAGGAUCAGACACAAGCCAGUUGAUGUGGAAUCUGUACUUGUAAUCCGCGGCAGCUACUACACAUAACGAUCACGAAACGCCAGAAUCGAAUAAAGUAGUUCACGAGCUCGACCUCCAGAAUUAGUGAUUGCGAGAAGAUUGAAAAUGAAAUUCUAUCCUGCACCGGAGC